UUAUUAAAAUUUAAAAUAACUGUUUUAUAUUUCAGUGUAUUUUAAAAUGUAAUUUAUUCCUGUAAUGGCAAAGCUGAAUUUUAGCAGCCCUUACUCUCCAUGAGAUUUUCUUUUUCAGGAUUCUUUGAAUAGAAUGUUCAAAAGAACAUCUUUUAUUUGAAAUAGAAAUCUUUUGUAUCCUUUGUAUUAUAAAUGUAUUUAGUUGUCGUCCUUGCUCAAUAAAAUUAUUCAUUUCUACCCCACAAAAAAAAACAACAACAACAACACUGUUUUGAACAGUUGUGUACAUGUCAGGGAUGGAUUAAACACCAAACGUUAAAAAAAUGAUUAAUUUAGCACAUUUUAUAUUUUUAUAAAAAGAUUAUGAAAUUAUGAAUAUUUUUCCUGUGGAAUAACACGCACAGUAGAGCGCAAAAGUGAUGUCCCACAUUUUCAAUGACUUGGUUCCACAUUUGUUUGGAUACUUCACCCAAGGGAUACUUCACCCAAAAAUAAAAAUUGUCAUAAUUUACUCACCCUUAUUUUGUUCCAAACAUCUAUGACUUCUUUUAUUCUGCAAAACACAAAAUAUAUAUAUUGAGAAAUUUCUUCUGUUUUUGUAUCCAUGCAAUGAAAGUCAGUGGUCAAAACUGUUUGGUUACCAACAUUUUGCAAAAUAUCUUACAGGUUUAAAUCAAGAAACUCUGUAAACAGCAUAUGUGCCAUAAUGUGGAUUAACCCAUACAAACUCAUCUCACACAUAUGUGUGUCUGUAGAGCAUUAGUGCUAGCAACACCAAGGUUAUGUAUUUGAUUCCCAGGGAUCUUAUAUCUAGAAUUGGAUCUGCAUUCAGUGGAAGUGUCUGCAUCAGUUAUGGUCCACUGGUUGAAUGCUUUACAAAAAAUAAUGAACUUACCAUCUCUAUGAGACUAUAAAUGUGUAAUAAUUAACUCAUUAACCUUCAGCUCAGCUGUUUGCUGACAGUUGCCAUCUCUUCUAUAAACUUUUUGGCACUAUGUCCGUCCUUGGCUUGCACAGGUUUGCAGCACUGAAUACGCAGACUUUAGCUUUCUGCUGCUUGUUAUUGUUAAUCAUUAUCUCAACAGUGUCAAUACCGAUGGCAUUUCUACACUUGAGUAAAGACUAUUGUUCAUUUCAUUUUCACUAUCAUUUAUUCCUACUGUAGCACAAAGCUUCAGACAACUGUCAGGCCAGCAGUUGUCAUCAGUGUCUUUGUGUAUGUGAGAGGGAGUGAGGCACAGACCACUUGUCUGUUCAUCCUGUUUACUUGCAUUCCCUGGCAGCUCUCUCUGGGUCUGAAAUGCCAUGAGGGAGGCUGUGUAUGUAUGUGUGUUUAAAUCGAGACUCUCUGGCUAAUAAAGGGGGCAGUUCAUGUCGCACUGUACCAUGUGUGGGUGGUGGGUGGCCCAAGCCCGACCUUCCCUCUGUCUCUCUCUUGAUCUUUGCAGCCCUGUGUGUAACAAAACUCUGUCUCUGCUGUGUUGAUUUUCCUAUCAGACGCCUAUCAUGCCUUUUCUCCUGGGGUUUAGACAGAACCGGCUGGUUUGUCCAGGAGUGAACAACCAGAGCUACUUCUGUGAUUCAGGCCACUGCUGUGGAGAAUCUCAGUGUUGCAGCUAUUACUACGAGGUGUGGUGGUUUUGGUUGGUCCUGACGCUCAUCACCAUGCUGGGCAGCUGUUGUGUGUGUCACCACCGUCGAGCCAAACACAGACUACAGCAACAGCAGCGGCAGCACGAGAUCAACCUCAUCGCUUACAGAGAAGCCCAUAACUACACCUCUCUACCCUUCUACUUCAGGUUCCUGCCUGGCUACCUCUUACCUGCAUACGAGGAAGUUGAGAACAGACCUCCAACGCCCCCGCCUCCAUACAGUGCCUCCCAGCCAGCCCAGUCCACCAGCACGGACCCCCUGUGCUCUGAACAACCAGAUGAGCUCUGUCCUCCAUUGCAGUCCAGCCCCGCUGCCCCAUCAGCAACUGAGAACUGUUCCCCGGGACCCUGUGUAGAGCAGGCACAUUCUCCCACCACACACCGCCCUGCCAGAAAUGCCCACAAACCACAGUACCUCAGCCUAGAGGAGGACGGGCAGCUCCAGCAGGUGGCGUGCGCUACCUCACACAGCCCAGUCAAACAAGGCAGCUCCAGUGAGGACCUGACCGAACCUGGAGAAGACUGUUCUCCCGAAAGCAAAGACAAGACUCCAGGGCGUCACCGGCGCUUUACGGGCGACUCUGGGAUUGAGGUAUGCGUGUGCAGCCAGGGACCUGGGGACGGAGAGGAAGAGGAGGAGAUGAAAGAGCUUGUGGGGCUUAUGGAUGGAGGGGAGCUUGAGGAGCAGGACUUCUGUGAUAGCUGCAAUCCCCGUGGCAGCAGCCCUCCUCUGGGUCCCGGGGAUGAGGAGCAGGGCCUGGCUGCCUCAGACGUGCCUCUGGAGCACAGAGAGCAUCAGCGACCUCCAGUCUGCCUCCAUCUGCACACUAUCAAUGAACAGGACGGUCCACAUCAUAGCAACAGCACAGACCCCCAGAGUUGAGCACAACCAGUUCCAGCAGAGACUUCCUUUAGACUGCUGUCUCCCUUUACUUUUUUGAGAUACAUCAGUUUGUACUGUCAGCUAUGUCACUUUGUGUGUGUGCGUGCAAGUGAGAGAGCGUUUUAAAAGGGCGUUAAUGUGUGAGUCCUCACGGUUUUAUGGAUUAAUAGGGUAAUCUAUUAAAGACGUUAAUAGGUCUGUUGCCUCACAGAGAGGUCACGAUCAAAGCCACAGGGGAAAUUCUCCGGUUGAUAGCCUUAUCGAGCUCUGGGUGACAUGCCUGUAGAUUUAAGGCUUUUUGUUGGCUUUUUGGGGGCCGAUUGCCUCCUGAUAUGAAGCUGGCACUCGAGGUCGGGGAAUAUUGAUUUGUGCUGGGUUUUGCUCCUGAAUUCUUACUUUUAAUAUUCUUUUAAAAUAUUUAAAGGGAUGGGUGACCCAAAAAUGAAAGUUCACUCAACUUUGAAACAAAUUAAGAUGUUUUAAUGAAACCUUAAGAGAUUUCACUUGCUCUUUUGAAAGUCCAUUCCACCAAAUCUGUGACGCUUCAAAAAGUCCAUUAAAAAACUGUAAAAUAAAUCCAUAUGCACAUACAUGGAGCACAUCAAAUAUGGUAAACAGAAGCUGAAACGUACUUCUUUGAUAUGUGACAACCGAUUAAGCUUCAGCAAGAACCAAUGAGGUUGUCCAGCAAGUAUGCUUGAACUUCUGGUACUGUAUGUUCGUUGAUCAGUGUUUAUAUCUGAUUAAAAGCCUUAAUUAAAUCUGUUCAUCUUAUAAAGUGAUUGUGUCUCUUCAGAAGACUUGGAUUAACCGUUCGAUUCAUAUGGAUUUAUUUUGCGAGCUCAAAAUUUAGGUGGAAAGGAGGUGGAGAUAUUUUUCAGAUUUCAUUAAACAUAUCUUAAUUUGUGUUUUAAAGGAAAACGAAAGUCUUCUGGGUUUUGACAGACACGAAGAUUAUGUAAUUGAUAACCUCUUUUUUUUAUGUUUGGGUGAACUAUUCUUUUAAGAUUAUAUUGUGCACAAAAAAAAUGGAAAAGACAGCCACAGAGCAGUCUGCUAACACUUCAAAGCUUUAAUAUUUAGUUGUUAUUUUUUGUCUUUAUUACAUGUCCUUUUUUAUGUUAUUAUCUGGAGUAUCUGCAUGAUGCUAUUCAGAAAAAUGAAGGAAAAUUCUAAUUGUUUUGUUGUCUUUUUGUAUCAAUAAGUGAACAUGCUCCCUACCUAGCAGGGUAUGGCGGACAUUUUGUUUCAUCAUUGUAUGACACAUUCGAUAUUUUGCAUGAUUAUUUGCGGAAACUCAAUAGAUCCACAAGCAUAAACUGAAUACAUCCACAUGCUAGUAAUACAUUAAGUUCAUUAUGCAAAGACUCAUCAAAUGAAGGCUGAAAAUACCUUUGUAUAUAGAUCGAACCCAGCUUGUACAUUUACAGUAGGUGCCUUUGUUGAUUCGAGUAGUUUUCAUAUGCCUUAAAGAGAACAGUAUGCGUGUGUCAUAGAAUUUGUACAUAAAAUAAUUAAGGGCCAGUAUGAGUGAACGUUUUGGUCAAUGGUAAUUACUUGUUUGAAAGUAUCACUUGAUAAGCCUUCCAUAUCAUUUAAAUAUGUUUGUUUUUUGCCUUAAUUUUUUCUUUCCCAUAGUGCUUUUCUAUUGUUUUUGUAUCUUGACACUGUAAGAGAACUCUUGCACCACUAACAGUAACUUAUGUAUAGGCCUUAUUACAUAAAAUAAUCUUUUAAUGUGCAUUUUAUUGUAGCAGAUCAGGUAAGGUUACUGUCAUGCUAGUGUAGCACUUAUGUCGGGUUCAUGAUGAGAUUGAGAUUUGUUUUUCUGUGGCGGUGAGACUGUCUAAAGCGGCUCCACUGCAUUCCCUAGACUGUGUGUGUGUGAGAGAGAGAGAGAGUCAUAGUGGAUUCCUUUAAGUGGAUCGUUCUUCAGACCACUGUGUUUGCUUGACCUUUGGUUUGGAUUAGCAGCUAGGCAUCCUUUAAUAGAGUCUUAGCUUGGGCACAGAUGGCUUUUCGGCCCUGUUGAUCUCCAGAUCAGAGUGUUCCUGUGUAAAUGGAGGCUAAUUUUCUUUCAAACGUGAUGUGGCUGGUAAAUUAGGUUCCUAGUGUGUUAGCUGGAAAAACUGGUUUUGGGAGGCAGAUUCCAACACAGACAUUAUGCCUUUGAAAACAUUUGUGUAGCAGUGCUGUUGGGCUAAUCCAAAUAUUGAGCGUUAUGAACUAUUUAGACCAGUUAUAUCAAAAUAUUUGACCGUUUAAGGGAAACCUUGAAGUUAUGAAGUCAGUUCAGUGAGGAGUUUCAAUCGUCUGUCUCGGCAAUGAUGCUCGUGUUCUUUCUGUAGCUGUAGUCUCCAUGGUUUUCUAUCUUCCUUUGAUGUUUGAGACCAAAGGUAUUGAUUAAAAGUGGAAAGCUGAGUUACUAUGUUGGGUAGCUCACUGUGAAUGAGAUGUUCAUUUUGCCUAAAUAAGUUGUCAUUGCACUGUUUUGACACUGAGCGGUGAGUGUGUGAGUGCUUGAAGGUGACGAAGGCUUUGCAAGCCAAUUGCUUUUUUUUUUCUUAAGCUUUGAUUCAAGCCUGGUACUACGUUUUAGUUUUGUAUCUGUAGUCACUUUCUUUUUAUAUAAAACUGUAUUUUCUGCAUUUUAUAAGAAGACUCAACCAAAUUAAAGAGUAUCAAAGAAUGUUCCAUAUGAAUAAAAAAAGCUGUUAAAGCCAAUGAA